UUUACUGUGAUCGAUGGCGUCCCAAAUGUUUCUCCAUCCAGAGAACCGCGGGGAAAACUGCCGCCAUGUAAUGAUACACACUCUGAGCGUCGCCCUGGCUCUUGUUAGCCAGCUCUUCUCAGAGGUCUUCGGUGGGCUGGCCGCAGAUUUUCAUGUGCCCAAUGCUCUGUUUAAGGCCUCAGCGAGAAAUGUGUCGGAAACAUUUUCCCUGGAGGUGACCAUGGACCAGUGGGCAGAAAACUUCUGGAUUAUGAGCCAUAUUUGGUCAACGGCAUGGCUCUUACAGGCAGCAAUCAAUCUGUUUAGAAGAAAUGUACUUGGACCUGUGUCUUGCAACCCUGAGAUACACCCUCCACUGUUUUAUCUGAUGUGGGCCAUUAUAAACACUGCAAGAAUCUGUGGCAUGUUUCUGUGGAGCAAACACGAUCUUCUUGGAGUGCUGUUCCUCAAAUGGCUUCUGCCAGUCUACAGUUUUUACAUGCUACACAUGUCCUCCUGUAACCUGAGCAAGCACAGAGUCUGGCUAGCCAUCAACAACCCCAGUGAAACCUGGUGGAUACGUUACCUGACACAGAACGGGCUGGCACUGUUUGCAACGUGGACUCUCCUGGAAGCUAACAUCACUCUUGGGAUAGUUUUCAAAUACAGGGCUGGUUUACAGGAUCCUAUGGCCAGCUCUGUAGUCCUCACCGUGUUGCUUUUGUGCAUGAUAAUAUGGUUUGUCUACGAGCGCUUCCUGUUCAUCAACCACAUACGCUACACGUUCUGCGUUUACCCCACACUCAUUUUAGGCCUUGGGGCGAUGUUCACCAGGAGCUACCGUGUCAACGACCUCAGCACAAACACCAUUUUUUGUGGGUCUCUGAUGCUGCUAGCAACUCUCUUGAGCUGCGUCCAUUUGUCCUCUUUGUGCUGCUUCAUUCAAAAGCCCCCCACCUUUCGUGGGCAGCAGGAGCCUUGCGUUAGAUGUGAGGCAUGUGAGACAGUUUGCAGACCAGAAAGCAUGAUGGACACUAAAGCCACGAGUGACAUCAACAAAAAAGUCAUCUACAAAAUCUGAGUUUCAUCAUGUGCGUGUGUGUGUGUGUGUGUGUGUGUGUGGGGCGGGGGGGGCAACAGCAGUGUGGUAAAAUAACCACCUGCUUCCUUGGUGCAGCGGCAGUUUUUGUGCAGUUAAAAUAGUUUAAAUUGUUCUCACUGGAACAUGUUCACUGAUAGACGUCUGGUGAAGUUGUACUUUAUAUGUGUGUACUUUGCAUCAUCGACCAAAGGGAGGCAGCAUGUAUUCACGUCUCACAGAUGAAAGAUAAUAAAAACCACAGCGCCGUGUUCUACAGGUAGAGGGCGCAGUCUGCCACGCAAUUACAGGCCAGUCAACCUAAAUUUGGAAGACGCAAGCUCCAAAACUGCUCGUAAAACAGAAUAAAACAUUAAAAAGAACUUUAAAAAAAAAA